AUGCUGGACGCAGCUGGUGAUUUCAGACAUUUUACCCUGCAAUAAAAGUCACUAGCCUGCUUUUGGAGUAUUUUAGCACGUCUUAUGUCCUCUUUUGUUAAUGAAGUGCAUCUACUUUUGACAUGAAGGCUAAAGAAAUACUAAGCUUUGACAUAAAUAGCUUAUGAUUGGAGUGUAUGUGAAGAUUCCCCAUUCAGACUGAAUUUCAGGAUUUACUACAGAUAACAAGGACUCACUAAUUUCAAUGGGAAACAGCUGCUCCUGCAGCCACACCACUGUUACUCAGAUCCAUGUGUUGCACCAAACACCCCCUGGCAAAAGGAAGCAGCAGUUGGAUUCAUGCCUGAACGCAGUUCCCCAGGUUGCAUCACAGUCCUACCCACCUUUUGAGACACACUGUGCUGCACAGCUAAAUACCAGUAGAGAUGAUGUGAAGCAGAAAAGAUGGGACAAAAUCACUGCAGGAAUCCAUGCACUCAUAGCUGUUCGCCAGAGGGGAAGUGAACCUGACCUCACCAGCCAGGGAGAGGAGAACGCAAGUGAGACCGAAUGGGUAGCAAAAAGUGAGCAGAUCUCUUCGCAAUACCAGCAGAUCAUGUUGGAGAUUCAGCAGUCUGGUAAGGCCUGGGAGGAUCCUGAAUUUCCACCAGUGGCAUCAUCUUUGACAUAUGAAGAUGUGGCUCAGACUGAAAUCAACUGGCUCAGAGCAUUGCGUCUUCACCCGAAGGCAUGCUUUAUGGAGGAUGGGGUCAGUAAAAGUGAUAUUAUUCAGGGAGAGCUUGGUGACUGCUGGUUUUGGGCUUCGGUGGCUACUGUACUGCAUUCCAGAAAACUCAUCACGCAGGUCAUCCCUUCAGGUAUGUGGGCAGAGAGACGAGACCACUGGCCUAUCACCACCACGGACUGCCCUGAGCCAUAUAAAGGUAGGGGGUUUCCCACAGUUCCUGGGUGGUUCAUUCGAAUGUACAAGGGAGUUGGGCAGACCAUCUUGGAGGGCGGCAGCUAUACAUCUGUUUUUCGCUUUCAUUUCUGGCAAUUCGGGAGUUGGGUGGAAGUGCUGGUUGAUGAUUUUCUCCCAGUUCGGCAUGGCCAACUUAUUUAUGCACGCUCUGCAGCAAAGAAUGAAUUCUGGCCUUCUCUUCUGGAGAAAGCCUUUGCCAAGCUUCAUGGCUCUUACAAAGCAAUUGAAGGUGGCUGGACGCUGGAUGCACUAACUGACCUAACUGGAGGAGUCGGGGAGAUGUACCGGAUUGCUGACUACGCGAAUCAUCGAGAACAUCUUUAUGAACAGCUAGCUACUGCCUCAAGAAAAAGAGCUCUCAUUACUUGUGGUACUAGCCAGCAAACAGAAGCAGGGGGUCAGCACGACGGAUUAGUGGCAGGCCAUGCCUAUGGCGUGACAGCUGUGAAAAAGCUAACUACUCCAAGAGGCAGAAUGCCCUUGGUUCGAAUUCUAAAUCCUUGGGGUUCUGGACAGGCAAUGGAGUGGACUGGAGACUGGGGAGAUAGCUCACCUCUUUGGGAUGAGAUCCCAGUUUGGACAAGGGAGGCCUUUGGGUUCACUAAGAAGGAUGAUGGUGAAUUUUGGAUGAAGUUUGAUGAUUUUUGUGAACAUUUUGAUAAUGUGACUGUCCUUACACUUGGGCCAGAUUUCAACUGUAACGGCAUCUCAGAAUCGGGAAGCCUGCAAGAAGUUAAAGGUCGAUGGCUACCAGGGUUUAAUGCAGGAGGCAGUCGCAACAAUUUGGUGAUGUAUGCUACCAACCCACAACAUCCCAUUACUAUCCAGGACUCAGAUGUGUCCCCAGAUGAGAAGGGUGAUGAUGAGGAUGGCAGAUGCUCAGUUCUGAUCUGCCUGUUGCAAAGCUUUAACAGAAGAGACAGAAAGUUGGGACUCAAAAUGAAUCCAAUUGGCCUUCAGAUUUACAGGACAGAUGAGCCAGAGAGUACAUUGACAAUUGACAUGUUGGCAAAGCAAGCAGAAGAGGCUGACUCUGGUCCCUAUGUGGCUCAGCGCAGCAUCAACCUCCGCUGCCAGCUGACAGUGGGCAGCUAUGUCAUUAUUCCCAGUACCUUCAGCCCAGGUGCCACCGGGAGCUACAUGCUGCGAAUAUUCACUGAAGAACCUGUGCUGGUCCAUGAAGCUCUUAACUUCUGUUCUUGUGAUAUAUGAACCCACCACAGAUGUCCACAGCUCCACAUGACUCACCUGAAACUCUCUACUACUUCUACCAAUGCUGAGUGCAAAUAUGUUUCUUUGCCCACUGGUUUUAAGGCAGCCAAAAUUGUUGUCCAAAAAUGUACCUGUACGUUUGAUGUUUUCUUUGUAGAUAUUGGUUUAGAACACAAUUUCUCAAACAUUUUACAUCUGUAGGACAGUCCUCCAGUUCUCAUCUGCAGAAUGAGCUGUUUCCAAAAUCUAAUGCAAAGGUGCCUCUUGUCAUUGUAUUGAUAACUUGUCUGAGUGUGCUGCUUUGGGAAACACAUUUCCACCUGUGUGGCCUUCAUUUUUUUAACUAAACAAGUCAUGCAGUUUCAUUAAUAGAACGUUUCGGGGAAAAAAGCCUGCUUUGUGGUGUUAAUGACAAAGUAUCCUAAAAUUCAAUAAAUGAAUUGUUUAAUUGUU